AUGCACUCGCUACUACUCCCCAUCCUUCUCAACAACCGCACCACCAAGGCUUUUUACUAUGCCCCUUCCCCACCUCUUCCAGCCACUGGCUUCGGCCUUUCCGGGAUGACAUGGCGGCCCAUAGUCACCCCCGACGAACAAGCCUUCGCCGCCAUGAAAGCCGCCAUCGCCAACGGCGCCACCAUCUGGUUAUCGUCAUUCAUCUACGGCAUGGCGCCCGUGGAGCCAACAGCGGGCCUAACCUUCCUCUGUCGAUAUUUCGAGAAAUACCCUGAAGACGCGGACAAAGUCACCCUUUUCAUCGGGGCCUGUUGUAAUGCAAAGGCGCUCGCACCGCUCUGUGAUCAAGCUGGAGUUCGUGCUAGUGUCGAGGAAUGUAACCGCAUUUUGGGAGGAGUUAAAAAGAUGGAUGUCUUUGGGCCUGCGCGCAUCGAUCUGAAUGCUCCUUUUGAGGAGACAGUGGGUGCUCUCGAAGAAAUUGUGGAGGACGGACAUAUUGGUGCAGUGGGAUUGUCUGAGGUGAGCGAGCAAUCUAUCCGGAGGGCGCAUGCUGUCUGCCCUAUCAAAAUCGUUGAAGUUGAGUUCUCGCUAUGGAGUACGGAGAUGCUCAUUAAUGGCGUCACUGCUACAUGUAAAGAGCUGGGUAUUCCCAUCAUGACCUACGCGCCUUUGUGUUACGGGUUCUUGACGGACCAGGUCAAGAAACUGGAUGAUAUCCCCAAGGGCGACAUUCGCCAUAUGUUUGGUCACUUUCAGCCACAACUGGACCUCGGAUGGAUCCAUGUGCACUCCAAGACUGCUGGCUAUGGUGUGAUUAUCCCCAUUCCAGAAGCUACUGCAGCCUUGCGCGUCGUGGGGAAUCACGAAAUUGUUUCACUAUCGAUAGAGGAAAAGGAACAACUUGACGAUAUAUUGAGGCCGUUUGAUUCUCAACGGAAGAGGCAGAUUCUGGAAAUGGAGUCUAUUCUUUGGACUUAG